GUUCGAUGUAAACAACGCACGUGUGACCAUCAAUUUGACGUUUUUUUUCUGUUUGUUUACUCUGAAUUCUUUCAGAAGUACAUUUUUUACCGUCUAAUCUGAUUGACCUGCUCGUGUUUGUUUUAAAACAACAAAAACAAGCCACAGAAGUAAGCUUUUUUGGUGUUAUCGAUGCCACCUUGCUUUGUUGGUAAACAUCGUGAUGUGACGUCACCCUUAGAACUACAGCGGUCUGACCUUUUAAAGGUCAGUCAUCUUGGACAGAGAUAAAAGACGGAUGUCGCAUUAGAUAGUGAACUUAACUUAGUUGCAGAACCUUGACAAUAACAACUGAAAAAAAUGGAUGAUGACCCAGAAACCGCCCGAGAAACGACUCGGUUGUUACCUAAAGAACAAGUAGUGAAUACUCGACAUGUAGGCAAUGCUCCUCAGACACCAAUCAUAGGUAGAGCUAAUGAUGAUGAUGGCGUUAUAUUUCCACCUUUUGAUGAAAACACUCCAGAUUCAUCGUUCACAUCAAGCAUCGAAUUUUCUCAUGAACGAUUAGAUGAACAUGCUACAUCAAAUUUACAAAGCUUGAUGCAUUUAUUAAAAGGCAAUAUAGGAACGGGUAUACUGGCUAUGCCUAUAGCCGUUAGUAAUGCUGGUUUAUGGGUAGGAACAGUAGGAUUAUUACUAAUAGGAGUAGUAGCAAUUCAUUGUAUGCAUUUAUUAGUUAAAUGUAGUCGUAUACUGUGUAAAAGAACUGGGAGUAGUGCUUUAGAUUAUGCAGAUGUCUUUGAAAAAGCUUUAGAAACAGGACCACUGUCUCUCCGCAGGUUCUCUCGAGCAGGGAGAAUAUUUAUAUUUGCUUUGUUGAUUUUUACCCAGAUUGGUUUUUGUAGUGUUUAUAUUGUAUUCAUAGCCACCAGUGUCAAACAGGUUGUACAUACAUUCCAUAACGAUGACCCUGAUGUCCGUAUCUACGAGAUUAUUGUCGCAGCUGUUCUAAUUCCAUUUGUCUUUGUUAAAAAUUUACGUUCGUUGGCCCCUUUUUCGGCUUUUGCAAAUUUAUUAACUGUUAUCGGAGUUGUUAUAAUUUUUUAUAAUCUGCUACAAAAACUACCAAAUGUAGACACAAGACCAGCAUUUACUAACGUUGGUGAUCUCCCUUUAUACUUCGGUACAGCUCUUUAUGCUUACGAAGGAAUAAGCUUGGUUCUUCCUCUAGAAAAUAAAAUGCGUAAUCCAUCUGAUUUUGCUGGUUUGGAUGGCGUUUUAAAUCUUGGCAUGGUUACAGUAGCUUGCCUUUAUACAGCAGUUGGUUUCUAUGGAUACCUUCAAUAUGGUGACAAAGUAAAAGGGAGCAUAACUCUAAAUUUACCAAGCAAUCAAUGGUUGUAUUUAUCGGUUGUUUUAAUGUUUGCUGCCUGUAUUUUUAUAUCCUAUGGUAUACAGAUGUAUGUUCCUGUCAAAAUAAUAUGGACAUCAUUAAAAUCUAGGAUAAGCUCCAGAAGAAUGGAAAUAUUUGGAGAAUAUAUUUUACGCACCCUUCUAGUUAUUUUAACAUGUAUAUUUGCUAUCGUCGUUCCUCAUCUAGAUCUGUUGAUAUCAUUAAUUGGUGCUUUCGCUAGUAGUUCUCUCGCUCUCAUCUUACCUGCUACCAUGGAAAUUUUAACAUUGUCUUCAGACGACCAAAUUUUACCGCGAUGGAGACUCGUUAAAAACAUUUUAAUUAUUAUUUUUGGAUUGCUCGGAUGUGUUACUGGAACCUAUACGGCCCUAAGAGAAAUUAUAAAAAGUUUUUAAGGAGGUGAAGACGACAUGUUGUCUGUAUCAAAUUUUCUCAACAAUCCAGCCACAGUGGAAAAGGACAGAUGUAUAUAGAUGUAUUUUUUUAGAUUCUGAACCAGACCCUACCUGAUAUGUCCAAGAAAUUAUUCUUUAUUAACAAAUUCUGAAGUUAAAGACUCUGAAGAAUACAACAGUAGAUUCACAGGAGAAUGAAACAGUGAACGAAAUUUCUACUGUUGAACCUCAAGAGUGACUGUUGUUUAGCAUCAUGACUUUUGCUAUAUCUUUAGAGAAGAAUAACAAUAUUCUGUUUAGGAGCAUGACUUGCACAAAAAAAAGCAACCUAAAGAGAAGAAUACAAAAUGCCCAACAAAUGGUAACGAGGUUGUGUCUUGUUUUGUUUCCUUUUUAUUUUGCAGCCCAAAAUUAUAUGGCAAAUAUUUUGCAAUACAACCAAGUGUAUUGUGAUACAUACUGCAAUAUAUUGUGAUACAACCAAUUAUAUUGUAAUACAAUUAUUGUGAAAAGUAUUUCCUGAAGGAAAAUCUCAUUGUUAUUAGGUUAUCCAUCAAUUAGAACAAUUUUCCAUACAGUUACAGACUUUUGGAAAUUAGAACUUGAAUCAUGUUGUAAAUUAUGAAAAUAAAACUUCAAUACAUAACAAGUAGUGUAAAUGUUCUGUGCAACAUAGAUGUCCCACUAACUUUGUUACAAUGGCAUUUAGUAAUUGAACUGGAAUAUACAGGUCACAGUUCUAUGGAAUACAAUUACUGCUUAUUACUGAGCGAUGUUUUGACUAGGCUUCUCUAAUCAUUAUCAAGCAAUGAUGAGAUUGACUGCCACAUCUACGUACUAAUGUCUGAUAAAUUGUUUCAAUGGCAUUUAGUAAUUGAUUUAUGUCAAUGUGUACAAUCGAAUUGACGCAAUCCCGAUUAUCAGCCAGUUGAUUAAUUUAUAGUAUUCCGCCACGGGAUUGACACUCAAUGGUUAAUCCAGGAUAAAUACGAUAAGAAUUUUAAGAUUUUUUUCCGCCAGUUCUGAAAAUGAAUCGCCAGUACCACAAAACAUUAUCGUCAAAAUUAUCGCCAAAAUCAAAUUCUAAUCGCCACUGAUAUUAUUAUCGCAAAUUGCGACUUUGGCGACCGACAGCGUGAUCCCUGUUGCCAAGCUCAUGUUCCAUUGUAUUAUAAUAUAGAAAAUAACAUCAAACCGAACAUUUAUAUUUAUGUGUGAUAGUUAUAGUUUAUUAUCAUCCAUAUAAAAUAUUAAAAAGCAAUUAAAGAAAUAGAAGAUAACGUAUAACUCGGAAAUUUGUAAAUUUUCAUGCAUGCAGGACAUGUUCAGUUAAAGGCUUGAUCUCUCACAGCUUAAUACAGGCUAAAUAUGUACUCCGAUUGAUUAUUAAUCAUUUACUAAAGAAAACACAUCAAAAAACUAACUCUGGAUAAUCUAUACCCUAGCUUUGAUUUAAAUUAAUUUAAGCUAACCUCAUCUGCAUAAGGUUUCUCUACUACGAAGGGCAGUGUCUUGUUAUGGUUGAGCAGCAUAGAUCAAUGAAAUUUUAAUUUAUCAUAACUUUGAAAAAAGUAACCAAUUUUGAACUGAUAUUCCUAUAGAGAAUUAAUUUGCAAAAUAUUGCAGUUUGCAAGGGAUUCCUAUAGCCCUAAAUGACUCAUCAUAAUGAGUUUUAUUUAAUCAUCAUGAAAUCGGCAGAUAAUCCGCAAGUUUAUUCUUAAUAGGAAUAUAGUAUAUAUUUGUUAAUACAUGUAUAUAGUUAUUUGUACAUUACUACUAGUCUACUACGCUUUCUUGUUAAUAUAUAGCUCAUUGAAUAUUACUGACUUUACUACUACGCAUUAUUGUUAAUGAUUUUGAAUUUAAUAAAGUUAUUGAAGAGGCAUCAAAUGUAAAAGUGACCUGUGAUGGCAAAAUGAGUCCCAAUUUGCUAUUAACCAUGUAUGAAUUAAAAUGCUGAGCAUUAAUGAGCUGCUUCAUUGAAAGGCAAUUUGAAAUCUGAAUAAAGUUACCAAAUUAACUGUUAAAAAUGACAGUGAUAAGUUUGACAACCCCUGCUAAUGUCUGUAUCUAGCUAAGAGUGAAAAUAGUACUGGAUGUAACACAGGUUAGAUCCAAGGAGAAAUUAGUACAAUACCAAACAAAUUGACAUUAUAUAUGCAUGUGUUACUUUUCUUGAUUACUAUGCUUCAGAACAAGCUAUUUAGCAGCCAUAUUCUAUUUUAACACUAAUUGCCAGAUAGUGCCUUUUAUACUACCCCACAAUCUAGUUCCACACCUUGAAUUGAUAUCCGGCCCUUUUCUGUGUGAAAAAUUAAGACUCCAUAAUUCCUUCUUGCUUAGGUACAAUACAGAAGACAUAAUAAGCUUAGAGAAUGGACUCAAAUGACCUUUAUUAUUAAAUGGCAAGUAUACUGAAUAUUUUCUGUUUCUAUGUAUUUUAUUGAAUUACUUGUUUUUGUAUUCUUGUUAACAAUAUUAAAUUUUAAUCUAGAUAACUUGCUAAAAUUCGUUUUUUAAAUAGAAAAUCUCCUAUUCAUCUUUUUGAUAUCAAAAAAUAUCAACACAAGUCGAUAAAGUAAAAAAAAGCAAGGCUCUGCCGAGUUCUUUUUUUUUUACUUUAUCGAGGAGUGUUGAUAUUUUUUUAUAUAAAAAAAGACCAGUAGGAGAUUUUAUUUAUCACCCAAUCCUUUCUUACAUGCACAAAUAAAUAAAUAUAAUUCUUUGCUAUAGAUUUCACUUUUACUGAACCUGAUUACAUUAUGGCCUAGUGAUAAUCUUUAUUGAUAGCAAUUCAACCAUUGCAAAGUCCUUUAAAUUGACCCAGUGUUUCCAUCAAGGUCAAUUAAAUAAAAAAAAGUUCAUUUUUAAUAAAAAAAAAAAGAGGUUACUUUUAAUAAAAAAAAUGAACUGUUCUUUGAAUAUAAAAAAAGUAGUUUCUUUUCAACUGCCCAAUAAAAUUCAUGGAAAGCGGUGAGAUAUCGCAUUAGAUUAUGAAAUUUAUCACACUAGCGAUAUCUACUGUAGAAUGUAUUAUUGGGUGAUAAAGAGAUUUAUAUUUAUAUUGAUAUAUAAUCCCAGUGACGGUCUUUAGGGUCUCUAGGAUCUAAAACUGUCUUAUCAUCGAAAAAUAUAUUUAAAAUAUUUGAAUAUGAAUUCCAGCAAUAUUUUUUUUAAUUAAAAUCCAGAGUUAUUACUCUUGA